AUGUCGGCAUUUUUCUCGAUGGGCGGUCGAGGUGCAUGUUUGACGAUUCAGUUGGCGGGCUGGGAACAGAGGCAUGUGGCUGUUUGCAACCACUGCCACGUUCCUCCAACUUCUUCAAGUGGUAGCGUACUCUCACUGUUCGACCCACAGGCCUGGAGGAUUCCGAGGCGCUCGGCCGUGGGAGUCUGCCUGCGGCGGCCUCCCGAAGGCGAUGCUGUCCGUGCUCCUCCCGGACGUUGUGCCCACGACCGCGCGCACCCCGGGCGCUGCCGGGUACCGCACCGGGGAGCUGCAGGACGCGAUGCUCUGCGCGAGGCUGGCGACGUCGUGGGGCAGGCGCGGGAGCCGUGCGCGGAGCCCGUGAAGGCACUCGCCCGUGGAGUUCUCGUCCUCAAGAUCGCUGGCAGCAUGAUGGUGAACCUGGUGGCGCCAACACUUUACAAUGGCGAAGAUGGUAACGGUGCUGGUGCCACCGCAGUCAUCAAUGUUCUCUAG